CUGAAACGGGCUUUGUGUGCUCCCUCACCAUGCUCUCCCACACAGGACCAUCCAGGUUUGCCCUGUUCCUGCUCUGCUCUAUGGAAACCUUGCUGUCCUCCCAUAUGGCACCCACCCAUCAGCUACCACCAAGUGAUGUACGAAAAAUCAUCUUGGAAUUACAGCCCUUGUCGAGGGGACUUUUGGAAGACUAUCAGAAGAAAGAGACAGGGGUGCCAGAAUCCAACCGUACCUUGCUGCUGUGUCUCACCUCUGAUUCCCAACCACCACGCCUCAACAGCUCAGCCAUCUUGCCUUAUUUCAGGGCAAUCAGACCAUUAUCAGAUAAGAACAUUAUUGAUAAAAUCAUAGAACAGCUUGACAAACUCAAAUUUCAACAUGAACCAGAAACAGAAAUUUCUGUGCCUGCAGAUACUUUUGAAUGUAAAAGCUUCAUCUUGACGAUUUUACAGCAGUUCUCGGCGUGCCUGGAAAGUGUGUUUAAGUCACUAAACUCUGGACCUCAGUAGAUCAUU